AUGUCCUUGCACAAGUGUCAGGAGGAAUGGGAGGAACUGGAGAAGGAAUUCAAGCAGCUGCAGGAAACACACAAAGUUUAUAAACAGAAGUUGGAAGAACUGAACACUCUUCAAAGCGUGUGUAGCGGUUACAUAAACAAGCAUAAGAGGCGUCUAGCGGACUUAAAAUGCAACCUGAACAAGUAUAAACACACUGCCAGCCUUGGUGAGACUGACCUCAUUCAGCAGAUACAUGGUACUGUUAAAGAGAGGCACAAUGUCUUCUUUGACAUGGAAGCUUAUUUGCCAAAGAAAAAUGGUUUAUAUUUAAACCUAGUGCUUGGGAAUGUGAAUGUCACUCUUCUUAGUAAUCAAGCAAAGUUUGCUUACAAGGAUGAAUAUGAAAAAUUCAAGCUUUAUUUAACAAUAAUUUUGUUAUUUGGAGCCAUAGCGUGUAGGUUUGUGCUUCAUUACAGAGUGACAGAUGAAGUGUUCAAUUUUUUGCUAGUCUGGUACUACUGCACACUAACCAUCAGAGAAAGUAUCCUCAUUAGCAAUGGAUCACGAAUAAAAGGAUGGUGGGUUUCACAUCACUAUGUAUCUACUUUUCUUUCUGGCGUGAUGCUCACAUGGCCAGAUGGACUAAUGUAUCAGAUGUUCCGCAAUCAGUUUCUUGCCUUUUCAAUAUAUCAAAGCUGUGUACAGUUUCUACAAUAUUACUAUCAAAGUGGUUGUCUAUACAGAUUACGUGCAUUAGGAGAGAGAAACCAUUUAGACCUUACAGUUGAGGGCUUUCAGUCAUGGAUGUGGCGAGGACUGACCUUUCUUCUCCCCUUUCUGUUUUUGGCCAUUUUUGGCAGCUGUACAAUUCAAUCACACUUUUUGAGCUGUCUAGACACGAAGCAUGCAAAGAGUGGCAGGUUUUCGUUUUGGCUCUCACCUUUCUCAUCCUGUUCCUGGGGAACUUUUUGACAACUCUGAAAGUGGUCCAUGCAAAGUUUCAGAAGAAUAAAGAAAAGAAACCUUGA